GGCCAGUGGUGGCAGCUGGUGGCAGCAGGCCAAGCUGGAUCCUGCCAGGCUGAGGGUGUCCUGGAGGGCAUCAGGCUUCCCCUCCUCCAGCUCCGAAAGUCUGGCAACUUGACCAGAUUUGGCUAGCUUGUUGGACUGGGGUGGGAUAGUUUCCUCAUAUUGCCUCCUCUGUCCCACGACCACCACCACCACUGGGUAAGGCCAUGUCCAGGAGCAGAAAUGGGUUACUAUUCCUCUCACCUCUAGCAGGGAUCAGGGCCCCAUUCAGGGUUCCCAUCCUACUGAUUCUACAGAUCUGGUUGCAGCAUGCCCCCAAGGCUCCCCAUUGUACAAACUGGGAACAAAUUUGCAAGAAAACGUUAAGAAUCUGCAUAAGGUCCCAACAGGUGAAGGCAGCCCAGAUCUAGGUCCUAUACGUCCAGUUCCCUGACCGCGCUUCCAUUAACCUGGCCCAACACGCCAGGCAGCUCGGGCCACUAGGUGCAGGUAAGAGCCCGAGCGGCUGGGCCAGGUGCCCAUUCGAGGACCCAGGUGAGGCCAACCUGGGGCAGCCCUCGGCCGGCACCUUGGCACCCCCGUUGGUUCAAAGGGCCAGGCCCCGCCCCCUCCAGGCCCCCGAGCCCGCUUUGAAGUGCUGAUGCGGCCUGGAAGGGGCCACUUCACACCUCGGGCUCUGGAUAAAGCGGUCGCCGGCCGCCGGCCCACAGACGCGCCACCGCCGCCAUGGCCCAGUCCCUAUGCCCGCCGCUCUCCGAGUCCUGGCUCCUCUCCCCGGGAUGGGCCCCCGCUCGGCCUCCGCCGCCCUCCGACAGGGACUGCGGGUGCUCCCCGGCCUCGUCCCCGGACUCCUGGGGCAGCGUCCUGGCCGGCAGCCCCGAGCCGAGCCUCGGGCAGCCCGGCGCCCACGCGGCCCCCCGAGUCCGGAGCGCGGGGAGGCGCGGCGCCCGCGGCAGCCGCCUGGGCUCGGGGCAGCGGCAGAGCGCCAGCGAGCGCGAGAAGCUGCGCAUGCGCACCCUCGCCCGCGCCCUGCACGAGCUGCGCCGCUUCCUGCCGCCGUCCGUCGCGCCCGCCGGCCAGACCCUCACCAAGAUCGAGACGCUGCGCCUGGCCAUCCGCUACAUCGGCCACCUGUCGGCCGUGCUGGGCCUCAGCGAGGAGAGCCUGCGGCAGCGGCGGCGGCGGCGGCGCAGCGACGCGGCGACCCCUCGGGGCUGCCCGCUCUGCCCCGACGGCGGCCCCGCGCAGGUGCAGGCGCCGGCGCGCGCCCCAGUGCUGGGCUCCGCCGCGACGUGGGAGUCCUCGCCCGCCUGUCCCGCAGCACUAGCGGCUCCCGAGCCUCGAGACCCGCCGGUGCUCUGCGACCAGGAGGCGUGUCCGGAAUCGCAGGCAAUGGAGCUGGACCCCUUGUCCCCGCUCUUUCCUGGCGACGUGCUGGCCCUGCUGGAAACCUGGAUGCCCCUUUCGCCGCUGGAGUGGCCGCCCGCCUGAAUCGUUGAAGUGACGCCCUGUAACUGACACCCUGUCUAUGAGCAUUGAGGCCUUCUUGGCCUCAGCACCUUCAAAACGGCCGCUCUCCAGACUCCCUUUCCUGGGAGGGGGCCCCUGUGAUACUGGCAUACGCGUUCCUGAGAGGGAGAGCCUGUCCCCACCCAGGACGGUCCUCCCCAGCCCCUCCCUCAAUGGAGGGACCUAUAGGUAGACCCUGGGAGGCCGGCAGGGGGUGCCUGCCUAGUAUGUAUUUAUUUAUUUGUGAAUAAACGUGCUGGUGUCCAUUGACCUGUUCUUCCUCUACAUGGGCACAAAGCUCCCUCCCCCUCUCCAAAGAAGAACUUGGAAGAAUCAAGAGG